AUGAGCGUUCGUCUCCCAGCACCACCCAAAUUUACAGGGCCAAUAGGCGAUCCAGAAAGCGAUCCAGAAACAAGCGACAACGACCAGGCAUGGGAUGACUGGGUAUCUGAUUCAAAUGGACGACAGGAAUGCAAGUCCCUGUUUGACGACAUGGUUCUACCAUCGGUAGAGGAUGCACUGGAGUAUGACAAGAAAACACAUAACUUCAGGUUGGACGAAAUAUGUACGAAGCUAUCCUUGGAUUUCCAUGGACGCGUGCGCCUGAUCAACUACAUCAGGAACAAUAAAAUCAGCUCGGCGGAUGCACUCAAUCUUCGAGGCUCCGAACCUUGGUUUGCCUCGGACGAGUAUCUCGUCCCUGCCAUAGAAAACGACCCACUCAUUCAAUCAUAUUCUGCCGAUUGGUCAGAUUCUGAAGAAGACUCCAACGAUGCUGAUCCUGUCCACAAGAUAAAGGCGCUUGAGAAGAAACUUUCGACUGCUCGCCAAAGCCUUGCCGAAUACAGAGCUCUCAUAGCCAAGAAGUUAAAUGUCGCUAAGGAUCUCGAAACUCUCGACUCGACUCAAGAAGCGGCCGCUGCGCGAGAUGAUGAUACACAUUAUUUCGAAAGUUAUGGAGCAAACGAUAUUCACGCAGUCAUGAUUCAAGACAAAGUGCGCACAUCGACGUACGCCCACUUUAUCUUGACCAAUCCGGCUCUCUUCCGAGAUGCCAUCGUUCUGGAUGUUGGCUGCGGCACAGGCAUUCUAUCCUUGUUCGCUGCUCGAGCUGGCGCGAAGCGUGUGAUAGCUGUGGAUGCAAGCAAUAUUGCUGAGAAAGCAGAGGAGAUUGUGAAGAUCAACGGUUUCGAGAACGUAAUUACAGUCGUUCGGGGCAAGAUAGAGAACAUCUCUCUUCCAGAAGGUAUCGAUAAGGUGGACAUUAUCAUCUCAGAAUGGAUGGGUUACGCCCUCCUGUAUGAGUCCAUGCUGGACUCCGUCUUGGUCGCACGAGAUAGAUUCUUGCGGCCUGGUGGAGUCAUGGCUCCUAGUCAAUGCAAAAUGAUGCUGGGGCUUUGUGAUGGAAGUGAGAUUUACAAAGACCGCAUCGGAUUUUGGGAAGAUAUAUACGGAUUCGAUCUAUCCGCAAUGGCGCACGAACUAUACAAUGAGGCCAUCGUCGAUGUCGUUGGCCCCGAAGCUUUGUUAAGUAAACCCUACGCAGUCAAGGACCUGAUUCUGUCUGAUAUCACAGUAAGAGAAUUGGACUUUUCUGCGUCCUUUAAUUUGGCGUCGACUGUCGAGCGGCGAACAAAAGUUCACUCCUUCGUGCUGUAUUUUGAUGUGUUCUUCACCGCCAGCGGGUUGCCAGUUCCUCCGUCUACUGAAGUAAAAUGCAUUAAGGAUGGGGAGGUGACUCUGGCUGAACUCUGGCCAGUUGGAGGUAAACCAGCACACCAACGGCGACAAAGCAUGGGACGAGAGAAAGAGAAGACCACCAGCUUCAGCACGGGGCCGCGUAGCCAGCCCACCCACUGGAAACAAACUAUAUUCAUGCUGCGCGAACCAUUCAUGAUCUCAGAAGAGUCGAUCGUGGUUGGAAGCUUUCGAUGCAGGAAAAGCGAAACAAAUUCGAGAGAGCUGGAUGUCGAGAUUCACUACUCUGUGCAGGAAGACGAAUCAGCAAACCCGAGUGAAACCGUUGUACAGAUGUAUACGGUUCGAUGA